ACCAGAUCCAAUCCUGAAUGAAAGUAUGUGCAUUUUAAAAGUUGCCACGGUCAAGUUCUUACUCUGCACUCCUCCACCUUUUGGAUAUAAAAUAGUGUAAUUAUUAGCCAAAUGUCAUGUCAUAAGGUUUAUUAAUCCAAUAUAUUGUGUCAUUUGUAAUUUUAGCUUACUUUCAAUACAUGGCAGACGUGAUACCCAAGAUCACUGCUCUUCCUCGUUCCUGUGUGGUGAUACCGUGCAGUUUUACUCCUGAAGAUGAACAUCUCACUCGACUUCGUGUUCGUUGGGUCAACAAAAAGGGUGGCUACAUGUAUCACACUGACCCGGUGGACGUCUUGGACAACUUUAAAGGCCGCACAAAACUCCUCGGAGACCCGGAUGAGCAGAACUGUACUCUGGAGAUGGACGAUGUACGAACUCAUGACAACGGGCCGUUUUGCUUUCAAGCUGAAAAAAAAGAGGAGAAAUACAGCUUCAACAACAGCUGUGUGUUCAUUAUAAUGCGAAAAACGCCGGACACACCUGUGAUAUCACCCCUCCCUAACGACAUCAAACCCGGGACAGCAGUCACUGUUAAAUGUUCAGUCAAACACACAUGCUCCUCUCACCCUCCUGAAAUCAUAUGGAGUGUCUCAACAGUUCGAGAAACUAUCAGCCACAAUCCCAUGGGUGGAGGCGUCUGGGAAACAGUGUCCACUGUGAACUUUAUUCUCACCGGAUAUGAAGAGGAAGAUAAAAUUGUCUGCAAUGCCAAAUUUUGGGGUGGUAAAACACAGAGCAACAGUUCUGCCCCCCUGAGUGUUAAGAGAAUUCAAGCGGUUGAAUCUGGGCCUUAUAUCAUUGCUUCUUCACUUGUGUUCAUCCUCAUUUGCAUACUUGCUGGAGUCUUCAUUUACAGGAGGCGACAAAGCGCAUUAAUUGCAGUGUGA